AUAUUGAAGGUAUGGCAGUAUUUUAAAAUUUAUGCGCCAUUCCAACUUGAUCGGUUGCACUUAGAUAACUGGAUUCGUUUCUGUUAAGAAGUAAGUCAUGUAGUCAUGAAGAUAAGAGUUAUGCAAUGAGUAAAACGGCAUUAGGUAACGAUGGGCCCCAAAUUUAAAUUUGCCAUCGAUCGAGGAGGCACUUUCACCGACGUCUUCGCAAAAUGUCCAAACGGCAGAGUUCUGGUACUGAAAUUGCUGUCAGAAGACCCUCAACACUAUAAAGAUGCCCCUACUGAAGGAAUUCGGCGUAUACUUCAAGAAGAAACUGGUAGGGCGUUGGAUUCCGAUGGAAAUAUUGACAGUUCACUCAUAGAAUGGAUCCGCAUGGGCACUACCGUCGCCACCAAUGCUCUGUUGGAAAGAAAAGGUGAAAAAAUGGCGUUCGUGACUAAUAAGGGCUUCCGAGACAUACUGUUGAUCGGAAAUCAGGCUAGGCCAAAGAUCUUUCAGUUGAAUAUUCAAAGACCGGAAAUCUUGUACGCCGAAGUGGUCGAAAUAGAUUGCAGAGUAAUUCCGGUGCUGGAGGGGAAGUGCGAGUUGGGGGAGGCGGCGACGAAGAACUGGCGCGUCGCGGACGGUAUCACCGGCGAAAAGUUCUACGUAAUUCGGGAGCUAAUUCGCGAACAGGUCGAACAGAGUUUGCUCGAAAUCAAACGGCGGGGGAUUGAGAGCAUUUCCGUCGCCCUCGCCCACGGCUAUUCGUUUCACGAUCACGAAAAUGAGAUAGGCAACAUAGCCAGAAGAAUAGGUUUUAAACAUGUUUCCUUAUCUCACGACGUGAUCAGCAUGGUACGGAUCGUACCUAGGGGUUUCACGUCGUGCGCCGAUGCUUACCUAACGCCCCAUGUCAAAAAGUACGUUGAAAACUUUUCUGAAGGAUUCAAGGACCAUCUGGAAGGUACCAGAGUGUUGUUUAUGCAGAGUGACGGGGGUUUGACUUCCAUGCACAACUUUAACGGAGCGAGGGCUAUUUUAUCCGGACCGGCUGGCGGUGUGGUUGGUUACGCAAUAACAACCCCAGAAACUGACCUGCCAGUCAUCGGUUUCGAUAUGGGCGGUACUUCCACCGACGUAUCUCGAUAUGCCGGCCAUUACGAACACGUAUACGAGAGUACCACUGCAGGAGUGACCAUUCAAUCGCCUCAAUUGGACGUCAACACUGUGGCCGCAGGUGGCGGUUCCAUGCUUUUCUUCAGGUCGGGACUAUUCGUGGUGGGUCCCGAGUCUGCAGGUGCUCAUCCGGGUCCUGUUUGUUACAAGAAAGGCGGACCGUUGACGGUAACCGACGCCAAUUUGGUUUUGGGUAGACUACUGCCUGAAUUUUUUCCGAAAAUAUUCGGUCCCAACGAAGAUUCCGCGCUCGAUAAAGAAGCAUCGUUUCGAGAGUUCCGGAAAUUAACCGAAGAAAUCAACACCUUUUUGCAAAGCCAAAAUGGAGACGGCGAUAAGGGUCCGAUGACACCAGAGCAAGUCGCGAUGGGUUUCGUCAAAGUCGCAAACGAAGCUAUGUGCAGACCAAUCAGAGCUUUAACCCAGGCAAAAGGCUACGACACCUCCAAGCACACCUUGGCUUGUUUCGGGGGCGCAGGGGGACAACACGCUUGCGCGAUUGCUCGAUCUCUUGGUAUGACCACGGUGCUUGUCCACAAAUACGCAGGUAUUUUAUCGGCGUACGGCAUGGCCUUGGCUGACGUCGUACACGAAGCUCAAGAGCCAAGCGGCAAAUCGUAUUCUGCAGAAAAUUUCGACUAUAUAGAUGCUCGAUUGGAGGCUCUGGAGCGAGAAUGUCGUUCUCAGUUGCGGAAACAGGGAUUCGCCGAUUCCCACAUUCGGCUGGAGCCGUAUCUUCAUCUGAGGUACGACGGUACCGAUUGCGCUUUGAUGUGCAGACCCACCAAACCUGAUGAGGGUACGGCAUCGUGCCCAAAACGCGGGGAUUUUAUUCGGACGUUCGUGGAGCGCUACCAGACCGAAUUCGGCUUCGUUAUACAAGGGCGAGAUGUGAUUGUGGAUGAUAUUAGGGUCAGGGGCGUAGGCAAAAGCGACGUCGACGACGAAACGUUAUUGCGGUCGAGCAAAGACGAUCCUGACCACGUCCUAACGACAAGAGUAUAUUUCGAAGGGGGUUUUCGGGACACCAAGGUGUUCCUUUUGGAAAAGCUUUUAUCCGGGCAGAUCCUCAAUGGCCCGGCAAUCGUCAUGGAUAAAUUGAGCACGAUUCUCAUAGAGCCAGAUUGUACAGGGACCAUUACCGAACACGGCGAUAUUCGAAUCGUAGUGAGCUCUGGCCAGACUAAAGGCGUGGGGACUUACUUGGAUCCCAUACAGCUGAGCAUAUUCAGUCAUCGGUUUAUGAGUAUUGCCGAGCAGAUGGGUCGAAUCCUGCAGAGGACAUCGAUUUCGACCAACAUCAAAGAGCGAUUGGACUUUUCCUGCGCUCUCUUCGGGGCGGACGGUGGGCUCGUUUCCAACGCUCCUCACAUUCCUGUACAUUUGGGGUCAAUGCAGGAAGCGGUCCAGUACCAAAUGAAGGCGAGAAAGAAAUUUUACGCCGGCGAUGUCAUCCUCACCAAUCAUCCAGGGGCGGGAGGGUCUCAUUUGCCAGAUUUUACCGUUAUCACGCCCGUGUUUCACGACGAUAGGGACGAACCGAUUUUCUUCGUAGCCAGUAGGGGCCAUCACGCGGAUAUAGGUGGCAUAACGCCGGGAUCGAUGCCGCCGCAUUCCACGACACUGAGCCAGGAAGGGGCCGCCUUUAAGUCCUUCCUCUUGGUGGACAAAGGAGGGUUCAGGGAAGAGGAGCUCGUUAAAAGGAUCAAGGAAGCCGGCGGCAGGAAUUUGCAGGACAACUUGUCCGAUCUGCGAGCCCAGGUCGCCGCCAAUAAGAAAGGAAUCGACUUGGUAUCCGAACUGAUCUCACAAUACGGCCUGGGGGUAGUCCAGGCUUACAUGGGCCACAUCCAGACGAACGCGGAAUUGGCCGUUAGGGAUAUGCUCCGUGAAAUUGCGAAAGAUACGGCGGCCAAGACCGGCGGCGGCGACGGCGUUUCCGUCCUCAGCUUUGUCGAUUACAUGGACGACGGAUCUCCGAUUUCCUUAAGAGUAUCUCUUGACCGUGAUUCGGGUUCAGCGUAUUGCGAUUUCGAGGGCUCCGGACCGGAAGUGUGGGGUAAUUGUAAUGCCCCGAAGGCGGUCACCCUGUCCGCCCUAAUUUAUUGCCUCAGGAGUAUGAUUGGUCAUGACAUCCCAUUAAAUCAGGGAUGUCUGGCGCCGGUCCGAGUCAAUAUUCCCGAAGGAACCAUCCUAAAUCCGGGAGACGAGGCGGCGGUCGUCGGCGGGAACGUUCUGACGUCGCAGCGCGUCGUCGACGUCGUCCUCGGCGCUUUCGAGGUCUGCGCUGCAUCCCAAGGUUGCAUGAACAACAUCACCUUUGGGAACGACUCUUGGGGCUGUUACGAAACCGUCGCCGGAGGCAGCGGCGCGGGACCGAGUUGGCACGGCUGUUCCGGAGUUCACACCCACAUGACCAACACGCGCAUCACCGACGUGGAAAUCCUGGAACGACGUUAUCCAGUUUACAUACGCGCAUUCAACCUGCGGAAGGGCAGCGGCGGAGCCGGCAAGUUUAAUGGUGGGGACGGGGUGCGCAGAGAAAUUAUGUUCAGGUCUUCGUUGACGUUAUCUGUGCUUACCGAGAGAAGAGCUUUGCAACCUUACGGAAUGGCAGGCGGAGAGGCAGGCGCCAGGGGACUCAAUCUACUCAUCAGAUCUGACGGCAGGACCAUUAAUCUCGGACCCAAAACGGCGGUGGAUGUAAAACCUGGUGACAUAUUUAGUCUGCACACACCUGGAGGCGGUGGAUACGGCACCCCGCCGAAACAUAAACUUCAUGAACCUCCAACCACGACGGUACAUAAUAAAGUUUUCGUCGAACGAGGCAGCGUUUUUGAAUAUCGUCAGGCGCAAGAAAGCGCUUGAUCGCAUUUCUGCCUCCAGUAGUCUCUGCUAAUAAAA